AUGCGAUUGCUAAAUCACGAGGAAUGGGACGAGUUUAUGGAGAGCUAUCGAUUUGUACGUCACAAUCGUAGUGGACAACUCGUCCAAUAUGGGCGUGGCUUGGAUAUCUGGAUGAUGAACUUACAGGCUAUGAGUGUAACAUCAAAUGAUCGUGAUGAGCUGCUCUCACAAAAAGCUGAUGAGAUUGAAAAAGAUCUGGAACUGCUGGGAGUGACCGGAAUCGAGGAUCGAUUGCAGGAUGGCGUUGAAGAAACGAUAAUUGCAAUGCGCAGUGCGGGUAUACAGGUGUGGGUCCUGACUGGAGACAAGCUAGAAACUGCUGAAAACAUUGCUCGAUCUUGUGGAUUGUUUUCACCUAACAGAGAAACAAGAAAGAUUGAGACCCUAGAAGAUGUAACGCAAAUACGAGGAGAUGGGUGAGU